AUGGGAGCCAUCGUCUAUAUUUAUGGCACACUCAUGAUGUGGUACACCAACGAUCCGUUCUAUAAUCUCAUCACAUUCCUGCAGACCAAUCUGAUGGCUACCGGUUCUGUUGUCAUGAGCAUUUGCUUGCUGCGUUCGGGCAAAAAGUACGUCCAUAUCAUAAAUGACUACUUCGGUUUAUUUCGACGAGUGCAAUAUUUGGCGCCACAUCGACAAGUAAUGGGUAUGCAUCAGUUGAUGUUCCUGCUAAUCAUAGUUAUAUGUGUUGGGAAUGCUGCACUUGGCUUUCUUUUAAUCUUAAACUAUACGAACUGGCGGGAGGCUGUUGUAGUUGCGACCAAGCUCUACCUCGAAAUUGGCUUAGUGGUUAACUUGCAUAUAGCAAGUAUCGGUUAUAUGAGUAUUGGUGCACUCUACAACUAUAUGAAUCGUUAUAUGCGCAAGGAUCUUUUACCCAGAGCCAGAUGUUUGGAUCAUGUGCUAAGACGUAAUAAAACUUAUCGUCCGCCACGUUAUGCGCGCAAGCUCAUACGUUUGACCAGAGAACUGAAUAACUGUGUCAGGAUUUAUAAUGAUAUUUACAAUCUUGCAAUGAAUUUUCAUCAAAGUAUUCGUUAUCAAAUACUAUUUGCUCUAUUAUUCGAAUUUAGCUUGCUUACGACGGUCAUUUACAGUAUUCUGUAUAUCUAUACACUGAUCACAACUAUCGAAUGGGACGCGGUGUUUUUUUGCCUAAUUAUCAUUAUCGAAGUUCUCAUAAUGAUUUUGUCGGCAUAUUCAGCGGUUCAGGAUGGAAUUGCGGCUAAUAAAUUAAGUUUGGAUACGGUGUACAUGGGCGGCGAUACGGAAUGGAAUCGAAGUGUGGAGCUAUUCAUCAAUCGCAUGAAUCUAUACGAAUUUAAACCGAAUGUCUUGGGAUUUUUCGACAUUUCCAGUGAUAUUUUGGUAAUGUUUCUCUCGGCUUCCGUCACCUACUUAACCUAUAUACUCCAAAAUACAAAACUAAGUCAAAAACUAUAA